CAAAUAUUUGAUCAAGAAAAAAAACUGCUGGAAGAUUUCUAGCUUGAUUCAUCCUCUUUCUCCGCCAUCUUCCCCUUUUUAUUUCACCUGAAGUUCUUAGGAUUCAUCAUCUAACUGUCACUUCCCUCUUGAAUAGCUUCCAAGGUUCUUGGUUUCCAGAGGAGUUUCAGUAUUGUACAUAUAGAUCAUUAUAUUCUUUUAGGAAAACAAGUAUCAGACGAGAAUAAUCUGCUUGUUGCUUGACUAAAUCGACAGUUUGGAUCCCAUCGAAUGGCGAUGUUCCGUCGCUUAUUCUACAAAAAGCCACCCGAUCACCUUCUCGAGAUCUCGGAGCGUGUUUAUGUUUUUGACUGUUGUUUCUCGAGCGAUGUCAUGGGAGAGGAUGAGUACAAACUGUACUUGGGCGGCAUCGUGGCGCAGCUACAGAAACAUUUCCCAAACGCCUCUUUCAUGGUGUUUAACUUUAAAGAAGGAGAACAGCCUAGUCAAAUAUCAGAUGUCUUGUCUCCGUACAACAUGACGGUUAUGGAAUAUCCUCUGCAGUACGAGAGUUGCCCUCUUUUACCUCUCGAAAUGAUCCAUCACUUUUUGAGAUCGAGCGAGAGCUGGUUAUCUUUGGAAGAUCAACAGAAUUUUCUGUUGAUGCAUUGCGAAAGAGGUGGUUGGCCUAUUCUUGCGUUUAUGUUAGCAGGGCUACUACUAUACAGAAAGCAGUAUCAGGGGGAGAUGAAGACUCUCGAGAUGGUACACAGACAGGCUCCCAAGGAGCUUCUUAAGAUAUUGUCUCCUCUAAACCCUCAGCCUUCUCAACUCAGAUAUCUUCAGUACAUUUCUAGAGUUGAUUGGCCUCCUUCAGACACGCCUCUUCUUUUGGAUUACUUGAUUCUUAGAGAUUUUCCAUGUUUUGAGGGAAGUAAAGGUUGCAUACCAAUAUUACGGGUUUAUGGUCAGGACCCUAAAGCUAGAGCCGACAAGAGUUCAGUAGUUCUCUUUUCCACACCAAAGACAGAUACACACACUCGCCUCUACCAACAGGAAGAGUGUACCCUAGUGAAAUUAGAUAUCCAGUGGCAUGUUCAAGGGGAUAUUGUUCUGGAAUUAAUAAACUUGCAUGAUGAUUUGGUGCGUGAGGAGAUGGUCUUUAGAAUCAUGUUCAACACAGCAUUUGUACGUGGUAAUGUUCUAAAGGUCCAAAGCGAUGAGAUGGAUAUACUUUGGGAUGCCAAGGACCAGUUCCCAGGGGAAUUUAAGGCAGAGGUACUUUUUUCUGGUGUUGAUGCUGUGGUGCCUACUAUCGCAACAGCUCCAAUGUCAGAAGAUGAGAAGGAAGAUAUCACUUCACCUGAAAAAUUUUACGAGGUGGGGGAGACUUUUAGCCAUGUGAUUGAUGACCAUAAGAUUGACUCAGAUAGUUUUGGGGUUGUUGAUACUGCUUCAGAAGUUUCUGAGGGUAAAGAGGUGUGGAAGGGGGACGUGGAACCCAAUGCGUUUCUAGAUUGUGCAUCUGAUGAUUCAAAUCAUAAACAUGAUGUGCAUGGGGAGGCUAGCAUAGAUCUAGUCAAAGAUAUCGCUGUUGAUGAUGUACAGUAUAGGUCAGAUGGGAAGGCAGAUACCAAUAUUGACUCAGUGAAGGAAAUAGGAAUAGACGAUGGUGAUGAGCAGCGAGAGAGAAAGACACUGGAAGCAAAGGAAAAUAAUGUAGAAGGCAGUGAUUCCCCGAAUGAUAUAGAGCCUACAACUCAGGAAACAAAUACCAAUAUCAACAACCCCAUUUCAGAAAAAACACAAGACGGAGCAAAUGCAAAACUGGCUGGAGAUUCACUCAAACCAAAGUCUAAGCAGCAAGAAACGCAGGGUCCUAAUGUAAGAAUGGCUAAGCCUGAUGCAGUUUCUCUACCCGCUGCCUCUACACAUCAGGCGCAUCCACCUCCACCUCCAUAUAUGAUUUCUCUAACUAGCGAUGCUACAUCAGUUUUACUCGCCUCGCAAGCAGCUGCAUCACCUCCUCCAACGAGCCAAAAUGACAGCUUCUUUCAAACACCUCAGAUUCCACCAUCUCCUCCGUUUGCGUUUGAGAGACCAAACAGUGGGAUCAUGUUGCCUCCUCCUCCUCCCCCACCUCCGUUUGCAUCUGCCAGGAGAAACAGUGAAACCAUUUUGCCUCCUCCCCCUCCACCUCCACCUCCGACACCAAUGAGUGCUCCACCUCCACCACCUCCUCCGAUGCGUGGAGGAGCCCCACUGCCACCAGCUCCCCCGACGCGUGGAGGAGCCCCUCCUCCGCCUCCUGGGCCAAGACCUCCAGGUGUUGGACCUCCUCCACCCGCUGGAGGGCGUGGUCUUUUACGUCCAGGUGUGGGGCCGUCAAUUCAAAAAAGGUCUUCUCUAAAGCCCUUAUAUUGGGUUAAAUUAGCAAGGGCCUUGCAGGGAAGCUUAUGGUACGAGUUCGAGAGACGGGGAGUAGGGAAAAUUGCACAUGAAUUUGAUGUAUCAGAAAUAGAGACGCUUUUCCCUGCUACAGUGCCAAAACCGGCUGAUAAAUCUGGAGGUCGAAGAAAACCGUUAGAGCCAAAACCUGAAAAAAUUCAACUGAUUGACCUUAGGAGAGCCAAUAACACGGAAAUUAUGCUUGCGAAAGUAAAGAUGCCACUGCCUGAUAUGAUGGCUGCAGUUCUGGCGAUGGAUGAUACUGUAUUAGAUAUUGAUCAGAUAGAGAAUCUUGUAAAGUUUUGUCCAACCAAUGAAGAGAUGGAGCUUCUUAAGAACUACACUGGUGACAAGGAAAUGUUGGGAAAGUGUGAGCAGUACUUCCUAGAGCUAAUGAAGGUGCCGCGAGUUGAAUCCAAGAUGAGAGUUUUUUCCUUCAAGAUUCAGUUCAGCACUCAGAUUACAGAAUUCAAGAAAAGUUUAAAUGUGGUAAUUUCUGCGUGUGUGGAGAUCCGUACUUCAGAAAAGCUAAAAGAAAUUAUACAAAGGAUUCUUUACCUGGGGAACAUAAUGAACCAGGGAACUGCAAGGGGCGCUGCAGUAGCAUUCAAGUUGGACAGUUUGUUAAAAUUAAACGAUACACGUGCUGUUAACAGCAAUACCACUCUCAUGCAUUAUCUCUGCAAGGUCAUUGCUACUAAGGCGUCAGAUCUACUGGACUUCCAUAAGGAUCUUGAAAGUCUUGAAUCAGCUUCAAAGAUACAAUUGAAGUCUCUAGCUGAGGAAAUGCAAGCUAUAUCCAAAGGGUUGGAGAUACUGAAGCAGGAGCUCACUGCAUCCGAAAGUGAUGUUCCUCUUUCUGAAGUUUUCCGUAAAACAUUGAAGGAGUUCAUUUCAUUUGCUGAGGAUGAAGUGGAAACUGUAAAGAGUCUUUACUCUGACGUGGGAAAGAAUGCUGAUUUACUUUCGUGUUAUUUUGGGGAGAAUCCGAAAAACUGUACAUUUGAACAAGUUACUGCAACCCUCUUGAAUUUUAUAAGGUUGUUCAAGAAAGCACACGAAGAGAAUGUCAAGCAAGUGGAGUUGGAGAAGAAAAAAGCAGCAAAGGAAGCGGAAAUGGAGAAGGCGAAAGGAGUCAGUCGCACAAAAAAAAGAGCAGUUGAUGAUAGCUGACACAAAAACAUAAAUCUUUUUUCUCAAAGAGAACCAAUUUGGUUUUGUAUGCCAGUGGGGGCGGUGCAAGUAACCUAUCCGCAGAGUGGCACAGAGCGGUUUAAACAAGCUCAGGUCCUAAUGGGAGCGAGAUUCUCCUGGGUGGGCUAUCGAGGAACCAUUGGAAGAUAAGGAGACAGGUCUUUCCUCCACUCACGUUACAUGACUAACUCCACAUUGAUUAGUUCUAUCUAGCUUGUGAAUAAGAACUAUUUCCUGUUUAUUUAUUUUUUCUUGUCCUGAUUAGAGGAAUGUGUUGAUAGAUUGCAAGUGUUGUAUAGGCUUCAGGUUGAGUUAAAGAGAGAUGUAGAGUCUACUGAGUGUGUAAGUAUGUAUCAUACCAACAAUAUCAAUGUUCUUUUCAUUAUGUAGUGUAGACGAAUAAAACAAAACAUUCGAACUGUUUGUACAUAAGAAAGAAACGCCAUGGUUUUGCA